AUGGUUGGAAGAUUUCAGCCAUGGAUGACUGGUUUGUUUAUAGCAACCAUGGAUGCUACUGUAUUUGAUAUAAGUCCACAAUGGACAAAAAGAGCGCGUGUUGAGUUUGAUUCUGCAAGCAUAAUUACGGAUCCUGUAAAUCAGAUUUCGAUUGAUGAAUACAAAAUCAAUAUUAGAGAUAAAGUAAGACGUGCAUAUGUGCUUAAAGGUUCUUGUCAACCAAAGAGCCGUAUGUUUCCUCAAAAAAAAUUUGGGAGAAAAAAUAGAAGUUUUCAAAAGACCUGGUUUAGUAAAUAUGUAUGGUUGGAGUAUAGUGUAUCAAAAGAUGCAAAAUUUUGCUUUUGGUGUUAUUUGUUUAAACCACCAAAGACUAAAUCUCAAGGUGGUCGAGAAGUAUUCACCAAAAUGAGAUUCACUAAUUGGAAAAAUGCAAGAGUUAGCUGGGGAGAACAUGUUGAAAAAGUUGAUAGUGACCACAAUUAUGCAGCGAGAAAUUAUCAAGCAUACAAAAACCAACGACAAAGUGUGGAGCACAUAUUUGCUCAACACGCUUUUGACAUGGAGUUUGCUUAUCGUACUCAAUUGACAGCGGUUUUGGAUGCUAUCUGA